CACGAUUCUCGAUCUCUACACCAUUCUGCCUCCUCCACCCAUCGACGUCAUCAACAGACUUUCUUCCCAUUCCCAAAACUGGCAGCAGCCCCGCUCUUACGUUCACGACAAUUGGUCCGUCCGAUUUCUUGACGGAUUCCAGUCCGUUUCCCAAAUCGGCCGAGUCCGUUCCAAAAUCCAUCUUCCAAAGAGUCAAUGGCCCGGACCCCGGCAGAUCUUGUCACGCCCGUGCCGGCCCUGAUUUGGCGACGCCGUCCCAGCAAGAAUGAGUGCAGCAACGCCAACGAACCACUAGCGCCCAUGUCCCUGAACCAUCUCAAGGCCAGCGAAAUCAUUCAGAGAGUCCAUGGCGAUGCAAACAACCUGCUUCGCAAUAUUCAAGGCUUGCUCCGAUACAGCAGAGCACCUGCGCUUGAGGGCGGCCGCCUGGUGACCGGAGUCCUACUUGGCAACCCAAAGCUCCUACACGCGCAGAAGAUUUCCCAGCACAUUACCGGAGACAUGGCGGAGUUGGUGGCCAUCUCUCAGAAGUCAAAGGAGACGACCCUGCGAACGAGACGCCCCAGCCACUUGCGCAAGGUCCGCCGCAAACAACAUGGGCAAGCCGAGCACGCUGCUGAUGCUGCCGGGAACCAUCACUCACAUGCAUUACAGAACAUGUCCGAUCCCUCCGUCUGCCAUAACUGCCACACCACCUGUACACCACAGUGGCGUAGCGGACCCGCGGGGCCGCGCACCCUCUGCAAUGUCUGCGGCCUGAUUCAUGCCAUGAGGCAGCGGAAGCAAGGGCUCAGGCACAGCAACCGUGUCUCGGCGUCUUCCUCAAUGUCGUUCUCUUCUUGAGCCUGUGCCGGGUCUAUUUUACCGCUUUUCAUCACUUGUUUGCCAUGAUUGUUGCGAUUAUAGUACGGAUAUCCUCUGUUGCGCUCACGAAUACCUUAUGAUACCACUUUUGUUCCAAUCGGAUUGGCGUUCAUCGAUGCUUGCUAGAGUUAUGGGACUGCACAACUGGAAGUUUGGAUCAAUGGGUUUUUGGGUGGCCGAGGGUUAGGGGACCUUGGGUGUCUGGGCUUUGGCUGGGGAGUCUGGGAUUGGAGUUUGGUUGUGUGUCCUUCUGUACCCUUCCUAGUCAUAAGAUUUACUUAGCGGACGGGGGUCCGUCGGCGCGAAAACGUUACUCUCACGGUUGUUCCCAGACAGGUUGCCGGUGUGAUGGGAUUUCAACGCUAAUUGAGGCUUGCCCAGCGUGCGUGAUUUCGUGAUGGAGUAGAGUGAUAGGUAUACUGGCC